AGGUGACGAAAUGUGCUUGCGCAUGCGCAUGAUGCGCGACGUGGUGAACGCACACGUGUGACGACGUGCAAGUAGCAGAAAUGGCUCUGAACCGUCUAAUGGGCCUUGGUGUAGGCCUCGCUGUGGCAGGAGCUGUUGUCAAGUCAACUCUCUACAACGUUGAUGGAGGGGAGAGGGCGGUGAUAUUUGACAGGUUCCGGGGAGUCCUCCCGCUGGUGGUGGGGGAGGGGACCCACUUCCUCAUCCCCUGGGUACAGAGACCCAUCAUCUUCAGCGUCAGGAGCAAACCACGUCGCAUCCCCGUCGUCACUGGCAGCAAAGACCUGCAGAACGUGGAUAUCACUCUGCGUAUUCUCUUCAGACCGGACGAGAAGUCCCUGCCGUGGAUCUUCACCAACAUCGGAGUUGACUUUGACGAAAAGAUCCUACCCUCCAUCGCCAAUGAAGUUCUGAAGGGAGUCGUGGCCAUGUUUGAUGCCAGUGAGCUGAUCACCCAGAGAGAGGUGGUGUCCCAGAGAAUCAACGAGAUGCUCCAGGAGAGGGGCGAGAGCUUCCAUCUCCUCCUCGACGACAUCUCCAUUACUCACCUGAGUUUUGGUCGGGAGUUCACUGAGGCUGUGGAGAUGAAGCAGGUGGCUCAGCAGGAUGCCGAGAGGGCUCGCUUCCUCGUAGAGAAGGCUGAGCAAGUGAAGCAAGCGGCCGUCAUAUCCUCGUCUGGUGACUCCCAAGCUGCUGAACUCGUCUCCAAAGCCUUCGAGGAGGCCGGAGAGGGUCUGAUUGAGCUGCGACGACUCGAGGCAGCCGAAGACAUAGCCACCUCUCUCUCCAAAUCUCGUAACGUGGCCUACCUGCCGGGCUGGUGGAGCGAGUGGAGGCCCCAAUCUACUGCUCAGUAUUCCUCCUUGAAUAACAACAGACAUUAUCCAUUCUCUAUUGUAGCAUAAUAGAUUCAAGCUUGUACGGACCCAAUCUUGGCAGGUUUUUGUUGUAAUAGGCUGUGAGAAGAUUGUAAAUGCUGUUGUAUCAUUCAUACAUUCUUCCUAAUGUCCUUAAGCAACGCACAGCAAUAUCGUCACAAAAUUGCUCCCGACAUUCAUAUAUAGUGCACUGGUUUUGCUUGCUGAACUUACGUGAUAUUGUAGUUAGUGUAAUUAUAGUGAGCACAGAUUCCUUCAGUUGGCUAGUGCAUUUGCUAGUGCGUUUGCUCUGCACUCUAGGGUGUCCAUGGCAACCUUUCAAGUCCAGACCCCACACCCAAACUGCAACCCCACGCACACAAUUAUUUUGUGAUUGUACUCCUGAUUUACCGUGACAGUGAUGUGAGCAAUAUUCUAUAUAGUCAUGCUGUCCAGCAGCAGCAGUGUAAUAAGCAAGAGUAAGCGUAGAGGGUGGUCAAACUAUAAUUCAUAAACAGCGUGCUGCACACAUCUAGAGUGCUAUAUAAUUUUAAUGAGAUAAAAUGUG